GAAGUAGAGGUGAAAAUGGUUAAAGAGGAGGAAAUAAAAGCCGAAAAAAAAGUCGAAAGCGAAGAGAAGAAGAAGAUGAUGAUCAUAGAAAAGAAAAGAAAGAGAAGGUAUGGGUUAUUGCUUGCAUGCAAGGAUUCAGAGUACGUGAAGAAGGUGCAUGGAGGGUAUUACAAUGUGUUUGUGAAGGCAUUUGGAGAGGAAGGAGAGGAGUGGGACUUGUUUAGGAUUGUGGAUGGGGAGUUCCCACAAAUAGAGGAUAUAAAUAACUUUGAUGGAUUUGUAGUGAGUGGAAGUCCUUAUGAUGCUUAUGCUAAUGAUCCUUGGAUCUUGACACUUUGUUUUUUCAUCCAAACUUUGUAUACCAUGAACAAGACUCUCCUUGGUGUUUGUUUUGGCCAUCAGGCUAUAUGUCGAGCUUUGGGAGGAAAGGUUGGCAAAGCUUGUCAUGGUUGGGACAUUGGUGUAACAAAGUUGAUAAUGGUGGAAAACUCAUUUUGGUGCAAGUAUCUCCCAAGUGAUGAAGAACUUAUUCCUUUAUUCCCUUCCAUUCUUGAAUGCCACCAAGAUGAGGUGUGGGAAGUUCCAGUUGGUGGUGAAGUGAUAGCGUUCUCAGAGAAAACAAGGGUGGAGAUGGUCACAAUUGGAGAUCAUAUUUUGGGAAUUCAAGGCCACCCUGAGUACACUAAGGACAUCAUCUCUGAACUUAUUCAACGUUUACUUGCCAAUCAUUCAAUCCAAUGGGAUUAUGCUGAGGAUUUGAAGUCUAAACUUGAGACUUUGGAGCCUCAUUGGAAGUUUUGGCAAAAGAUAUGCAAGAGCUUUCUCAAGGGAUGAUGAACAUCAUAUUUAAUUAUAUAUGUUGAUCAUUCUCAUCUCAUGUCAUCUUAAUUCUCCCUUUUUUUUUCUUGGUUGUUGUUGCAUGAGUGAUCAUAUGUUAAUUAAGUUUCUAA